UAGCAAGCUAGAAAGACCCUGUAAGCAGCUGAUGGGGAUUUUUUUAUUUUUAAUUUUAAAGAGACAGAACACAAUUUUGCCUAACUUCAAGCUCGAAUUUUAUUGUCUGUUUAUCAUCUAGUCUUCUACGAGAACGAUAAAAUAAGAAGUAACGCAUUUAGCGUUAUACAUUAAAGAGAGAGAGAGAGAGAGACCCAAAGCCUCUUAGCAACACAACCCUCUGCUUGGCCCUGGCUGGAGACAUUUCACUAUAGAGCCAGUUCACAGUCCCUUUAUUACCCUUUGUGUUUCUCUACCUGAAGAAAAUUAAGUAACUAAAAGAAGAAACUUCUAGUGAAAACCUUGUGUGGAGGACAGCACCAGUUUUAAAGAAGUUGUAAAAGAAAGAAAAAAAAAGAUUUGUAAUGUUGAAAACUGAGGACUUUGGAGAAACCUUGCAUUGUUACAAAUUAAAGAAGAGGUAGGAUCUUGAAUGUGUAGAUUAACGUUUGGAGCAGGGAGUCAUGAUAAGUUUCAGGAAGAAGCUUUUUGUGUCUUCGUUAUCCUUAAGAGGAUGAGGAUUUAACAAGGAUGCAACAUACAAAGGGCAUAGUAGCACCAGAUGGCAGUAGCUUGGACUCGCAGUGGAACUGAAACUCAGUCUUAAGCACCAUGAGGCAUUUUAGAUGGCCGUAAAGCCCAAGGUCUUAUAGCCAGCCCAUGCUUUUAUUCCCCUACCCCUUCAAAAUGGACAAAAAAAUACACUUUUUUAUUGAAUCAUGUUCUUUCUGAAAAGGAAGUAACUAACUUUACUCAUGUAGCUUACCGCCUGCAUGUCUUUGAUUGGUUCUGAAUCAUCAGCCAGCACAUUUAUUAUGUGCAUUACAAUGGGAAACUGACUUGCUGCUUAGAUGGUGGAUUUUAAUGGCUUGGUUCCGAAUUGGGCUGGAACCACCUUCAGUGCACUUUAUACAUUCUGAAGGUAGCUGUACUUUGUGGUCCUCUUUUGGAGACCAUGAUGACAUGUUGUCUGAAGUAUUUUUCUGACUGUUGAUAUCGCUGAGGAAUUGUAAGCAGAAGUAAAAAAUGAAUGGAGGAAAAGAUUGUGAAGGAGGUGACAAAGAUGGUGGACAUCCAGCCGUGCAAGUUCCAGUUGGUUGGCAGCGUAGAGUUGACCACAGCAGAGUGGUAUACAUUAGUCCCAGUGGUUCUGUGUUGUCCUGCCUGGAGCAGGUUUCAACAUACCUGCUUAUGGAUGGAACAUGCAAGUGCGGCUUGGAGUGUCCUCUCAUUCUUCCCAAGGUGUUUAAUUUUGAUCCUGGAGCUACUGUCAAACAAAGGACUGCUGAGGAUGUCAAAUCAGAUGAGGAUGUUACAAAACUUUGUAUUCACAAGCGGAAGAUCAUUGCAGUGGCAACACUUCAUAAAAGCAUGGAAUCGCCGCAUCCUUCUCUGGUUUUGACUAGUCCAGGUGGUGGGACAAAUGCAACACCAGUGGCCCCUGCACAGUCAGCAACGCCAAGAUCAAUAAGGAACAAGUCACAUGAAGGAAUGGUAAACUCUUCAGUACCAGAGUGCAAGAUCCCGUUUAAGUUGAUGAUGGGAAGCCCAAAUAAUGUGAAUAGGCUGUAUCUACAAGACCUGGCAGGAAACCAACAGCAAGAACUUCAUUCUAGCUAUUCCAGACCGAGACUGGGAAGCAGUGAACUUGGACAGAAGUCUCCAUUUCGUGGGAGCCAUGGUGGCAUGCCCAGUCCAGCUUCUUCAGGAUCGCAAAUUUAUGGAGAUGGGUCAAUUUCUCCAAGGACUGACCCUCUAGGAAGCCCUGAUGUAUUUCCACGGAACAACCCUGGAUUUCAUGGUGCACCUGGCUCUAGUCCUGUUCACUUAAACAGGACACCGCUUUCUCCCCCUGGUGUGUUACUACAUAAUUCCCCAGCACAUUCAUCUUGUGCAGUAGCUGGGAGGACUAACAUACCUCUGUCACCUACCAUGACUACGAAAAGCCCAGUUAUGAAAAAACCUGUAUGUAAUUUUUCAUCUAGUAUAGACAUGCCACGAACAAUGUUCCACCAUAAACCUCCUCAAGGCCUCCCUCUCCUUCCUCCUCCACCUUCUUGUGCCCUACAGAAAAAGCCAUUGUCUUCAGAGAAGGAUCCUCUUGGUAUUCUUGACCCCAUCCCUAGCAAACCUGUUAUCCAAAAUCCUGUAAUUAUGAAUCCAUCCAAUUUCCAGUUAAAUGUCCAUACUCAGGUACCAGUUAUGAAUGUAAACAUGCCUCCUGCUGUUGUCCCUUUGCCAAGCAACCUCCCUUUGCCAACUGUUAAACCUGGCCCUCUCAACCAUGGGACUCAUGUAACAAGAAUAUCUCAUUCCUCAUCAACAUCCUUAUCUCCUUCUCCGGUAACGUCUCCUGUGCACAUGAUUGGGUCUGGGAUUGGAAGAAUUGAAGUAUCCCCGCAAAGAUCACGAUCAUCGUCUACUUCAUCAGAUCAUGGGAACUUUAUGAUGCCACCAUCGGGACCACAGGCAGCUUGUGGAGGUGUAAAGGUUCCACCUAGAUCACCAAGAUCAGCCAUGGGAUCUCCAAGACCAUCAGUGCCAUCAAGUCCUGCAUCCAAACUAGAUGGACAUCAUCAGUAUAAAGAUAUUCCUAACCCAUUAUUAGUUGGAAUUAGCAAUGCUUUAAAUAGUUCAAGUAACCAGCUUUUUCCUUCUGUUUCUGUUGGAAAUGUCCCUCAAAAGAGUCAGCCUGGCUUGCUGGGAAUGCCAUUAAAUCAGAUUUUGAAUCAACAUAACGCUGCCUCUUUUCCAGCAAGUAGUUUACUGUCAGCAGCAGCCAAAGCACAGCUAGCAAAUCAAAAUAAACUUGCUGGUAACAGUGGCAGCAGUAGUUCUGGAGCUGUUGUAAGCAGUGGCAACAAUGAAGGACAUAGCACUUUAAAUAUGUUUCCACCUGCUGCCAACAUGCUUCUCUCGGCAGAAAGGAAUGCAUGUGAGGGACAGAGUGGCCGAGCAGCACUGCGGGACAAAUUAAUGGCACAGCAAAAAGACCCUUUAAGAAAACGGAAGCCGCAAACAACAGCAGUGUUAAGUAUGCUUCAUCAGUCUCAGAUAUGCAGUUCAGGAGGCCCCAAGUCUGGACCAGAUCUUCUUCGAAAAGGUCAAAAUUCACUUCCCACAAACUCAAUGUCACAGUUACUUCAGUCCAUGAGUUGUCAAAAUUCUCAGAUGAACAGCAAUAGCAGUGUUGGUUGUGGGAAUUCAAAUAUUUUACCUUGUUCCUCCAGUCAGCUUCAUUUUUCAGAUGCAAAUCUGAGUUUGGACUGCUGUCAGACUCCAUCAGCACACAAUUUAUCUUCAAGAGGAGAAGUCUUAUCCUGCCAAAAUAAAAAUAAUAACUUGGUCCGAUGCAGCAGCUCAGGGUCAAAUAACCCAUUUACAGGUGUAGUAAAUCAAAUACAUGCUUCUGGGAACUGUGGCAUGCUCGGUCAGUCUGGAUUGCCUGUGGAUACUUCAUUACAUCAUAGUCAGCCUCACCACAGACUCCAAGCAUCUUCUGCUGUAGGGAUACCAAACAGUAACAUUAAUGCUUGUAGUAUGUCCAGUUGUGAAGCAGGUAGUUCAGCAUCAUCAUCCUUGGCCAUGGCUAGCACUAGUCAUUCUGCUAUUACCAAGACCACCUCUGUCCUUCAAGAUGGAGUUAUAGUUAACACAGUAGCUGGAAACCCAGUGCAAGGCCAGUUGCCCAUUGGAAAUGUGUUUCCUUUUGCUAGCCAGGAGCAGGCUCUUCAGUUUCCACAUAGUUCUUCAAACAAUAACCUUCACAAUCCUCUAAAUCACAAUCUUCUUGGUUCUGCUCCUGUCCCUCUAACAAUGAAUCAGCAGCAACUGCUUAACCAGAACGUACUGAAUAUGCUACAGCCAUCAGCUGGAGAAGGCAAGUCUGAAGUCAACCUAAACCCUUUAGGGUUUCUGAAUCCAAAUCUAAAUGCUGCUUUAGCUCCUUUCUCUGGUGAUAUGGAUGGGCAAGCUUUGCAACCUGUUCAGCUUCAGCUUCUAGCAACCCUGCUUCAGAAUCAGGCCCACGCAGCUGCUAUGCUUUCCCUGCCAUCUUUCAACCUACCCCUCUCGGACCUAUUACAGCAACAACAAAACAAUCCCUUGCACUCAGUGACUGCCCCAUCAGACCAUAUGCAGAGUAUUCAGUCAGACAACAGCAGAAUUGAAACCCUUUUGUCCAAUCCCUUGAGGAACCCUUUAGCAAACAUUUCAGGCAACAGCAAUACUUCUAACCCCAUGCUUUUCCCAGCUGUUACUGGAGCCUCAGGACUAAUGACCUUGAAUCCCCAGCUGCUGGGUGGUGUCCUGAAUUCUGCAUCGGACAGUACUGCUAAUCAUCCAGAAAUUUCCAUAGCAACAUCCUGCCAGGCAACCACAACUACAACCACUACAUCAUCAACAGUGGCAGCACUCGCUGUCUCAACUCUUGGUGGGACAGCAUCUGUGGUGUCAAUGGCAGAAACACUGUUGAACAUUUCAAAUAAUGCAGGAAACAUUACUGGUCCAGCAAAGCUAGCACAUAAUUCUAUGGUACCACAGCUGCUUAACCCUUUGCUGGGGACAGGUUUUCUUGGGGAUGUAUCAUCAGUGAACAGCAGUGUGAAUAAUCCACAUUUGGCUGAUCUCCAAUCCCUGGUCAACAAUGGCCAGGUUUUUCCUCAUAAUCAGUCACAGCAUCCACAACUUUUGCCUGCUCUUCAGGGAUCUCAGGUUUUCCAAGGAUUCCAUGGGCAGCCAACAUUUACUUCAGCAGAAACGCAUUCAAAUCCAGCAGCCUGUCUUUUUCAGAAUUUUCAGGUAAGAAUGUCUGAUGGUAUUCCACUGCCAAACAAACCAAUGAAUACUCAUGUUGGGAUGACAUCACUUCCAGAAAACAACACUACACUUUCUCCAUUCCAGGAAAAUUCAUGUGAGUUGCAGCACAGGAGCGACGCAACUCAUGGCCCUCAAGCCAAGGAUAACCCUUCUUUGCCUGGUCAGAGUGAUACCUCAGUGGAUGCCAUUUACAAAGCUGUUGUAGAUGCUGCUAGUAAAGGAAUGCAAGUUGUGAUAACAACAGCAGUAAGCAGCACAUCGCAGAUGAGUCCCAUUCCAGCUCUGAGUGCCAUGAGUGCCUUCACUGCUUCAGUUGCUGACCCUCUAAAUCUUUCCGAUGCUGUCAGUGCAGUAAUCCAUGGCAGGACCCUUGCAGGUGCAGAUCAUGAAAGCCGGCUUAGAAAUGUCAGAGUAUCAAGAAUGAGGAAGAACUCUGAGCAAGGCAGAAGUGCAGGUGAAGGAGAUGGUUCUGAAUAUUUUAAAUCACCAGGUCGCACUACCCCCAAAAAACAGUGGGAGGGAGAGCAUGUCCCAGGCAGUGAUGGAAGCAGAUGGAAAUGUGAAGAUUUUUUAGAUCGUUCAGCUCCAUAUCACACUGGUCCUUGUAUAGAGAGGCCUGAUAAUAUCUCUGCAUUGACACUGUUGUCAGGGGAGCAGCAUCGCACAGUAUUACCACAGAGAAACUGUCAGAAUGACAGGACAUUUUUGGAUGAAAAUUUCAGGUUCAACAACUGCAAAAGGACUUUAAUCAGUUUCAAAGAGAGACUAGAGAACACUGUGGAAAGAUGUGCAUAUAUAAAUGGGAAUAGGCCACACCAGAUAAGUGGUUUUGGGGAUCUGUUAAAUGCCCCUCGACACGACUUUGCCAUGGAGGAGCAGUCCCCUAGUUCUUCAAACAGUUUGGAGAAUUCCAUGGUAAAAGACUACAUCCAUUACAAUGGGGAUUUUAGCUCCGAAAGCAUUAAUGGUUGUGCCCCAAGCCCUUCUGACACUAAAAGUGUCAGUAGUGAGGAGGAUUUAAGGACCCUAGAUUCUCCAGGAUCUAAUGAACUGAUACAUUAUAGGCCAAGGACGUUCAAAGUUGGUGACUUGGUCUGGGGUCAGAUAAAAGGACCUUCUUCAUGGCCUGGGAAACUGGUGGGGCAAGAUGAAGUUCAUAGUUCAUGCCAGCAAAGCACUGAAGAUGGAAAGGUCUGGGUAAUGUGGUUUGGUGUUCAUACCUUCACUCAGGUGGAGCCAGAGAAGCUGAAGACACUAACAGAAGGCCUAGAAGCCUAUAACCGAGCCCGGAAGAGAAACAGAAAAACUGGGAAGCUGAAUAACCAUUUAGAAGCUGCUAUACAUGAGGCUAUGAGUGAACUAGAUAAAAUGUCCGAGAAUGUCCACCAAAUCCUACCGAGGGACAGACAAGUCAAGCCACCAAAACCCAAGAGGAGGAAAAUCUCUAGAUAACAUUGAAUGUCUUCAUUGCCAGUCCAGUACCCGUCUAGUAGAAGAAUGUAUAUAAACGGUUAAUGCUAUCACCUCAAGGUGCUACAGGAACUUAUGGUACAGUAAUACUUCAGGCCGUCAUUAAAGAGGCUGUGAUGCUGGACAAGCCAAUCAGAAACUCGAGAAAUCGGGAUUUCAGUUUGUCAUUGCAGUGCUGAAAAACAUUUUUUUCUAGAAUACUAAAUUAGAGAUAAAACAAAUACAGUCCAAAUGUUUCCAUUGCAGUUUCAAUGUGUAUGUGUACAUAUAUAUAUAAUAUAUAUAUAUAUAUAUAUAUAAAUACAAAUAUAAAUAUAUAUAAAAGAAUUUCAUUGUGAAAUCUGAAGUGUAAAUAUUGUACAAUACUGUCAUGUACAUGCAUACUUAAUGCACAGUCUAUCUUUUAUUGUACAAAAAUAGUGUACAAAAUUCUUUGGUUUCUAUUGAGUACUCAAGAGACUACCAAUGUAAAGAGGAUAAAUAAAAAUACAGGCUAAAUGCUUUUAUAUGAUUAUGUAAAAAAAUGCUGUUUUUGUAUUUAACAGCAGAGAAACGGCAUGAUUAUGUAAUACCUUGAUUAUGGCAUACACUUCACACCACUAAGUGUUCAUAUAUAUUGUCUGUUUGGAAUGAACCUUACCGGGAAGUAGUUGUUUCCAGGCCUGUGUAGGCAGUGUCCCACUGAAUUAUAUAUUGGAAGAAGUAUAAAGGAGUUUAAAUUUUGUACAUUUUAUAACUUGAACCUUUUUCAUAUGUGGUUGUUAUUUUGUAAAGUGCUAUCUCCCAAGGAAAUUGCAGUAGUACCCAGUUACUGCAGUGAAAGUCCUACAUGUAGCUCUGCCUAUAACAGACAGUACCUGUAAAACUCGUUCCACUGUUAGUCAUUUAGAAAUGAGAAGUAUAUUUUUUUAAUUUAAAAAUAAUUGUACAUUAUCAGAAUACAGAGCUAUUAAUUAUUAUAUAGCAGCUGGAACUGAGUAUUCUACAGGUGUUUAGUGCAUACCUGUGCUUUUCUUAAAAAAAGAAAAAAAGAAAAAAAAAAAAAGAAUAGAAACUAUGGCAUGGGUUUCAUGCACCCUGUUAGCACUACUUUUCUGUUGCUUAAACAUGAGAUUUUAGUAUUUAAUAUUUUUUAAUCUUAAGUUAAUACAUCAAUGAGGCUUUAUUCAAAAUGGGUUGAUACGAAAUACUGCAUAUCAGAUGUGCACAUGUCACAAGUUAAUGAGGGUGCACAAAACUACAGCACUCCUCACCCCUCCCAAAACUCUUGGGUCUUUGACCUUAAUUUGCCUUUGUGGUGCAGGACAUGUGAUAUUUUUGUUGUUUUAUAAGUCAUCAUUCUGUAGUGGUGCACAUUGAUUUGAGGGAAACAGUUUGCUGAACAUCCGUAAACAACUGAAUGCAGUUUGAUUUAAAGUUUUAAAUCAAAAUGGUAAUGGAUGGAUUUUACACACUCUUAAUUCAACACAGGUAAUUAUUGGCAGUGUUAUUAACCUAGGCAGUUCAUCAGAUUGACAUUUUUUUACCAAUGUUUGUUCGUAAUUGUUUUGCUGAGUAUUUAGAAUGCUGUAUUUUUAAACCUUAAAAAAAAUAAAAAAAAAAUGACUGCAUAGUGAAUGUCUUUAAUUUUCUGAUCCAAUUUUAAAAUUACCAAGGCAAUUGAUACUAUUGCAACAUUAUGUGAACAUAAGGUAGAGUGAGAAGACCAUGAGCCAGGGGCAAUAGGUCCUAAUCGUGGAAACAAGGGCAGAACUUGGCUAGACUUGUAGGGGCCUUAGGGCCAUUUGCCAAGUAACUUCCAAUGAUGCUAUGAACCACUACUAAUCAACUUUUGAGGGAAAAGGGUUAAUAAAAACUUUAUUCUCACUCUAAGCUACAGUGGCCUGGAGGCAGGCAUCGUUUCUUCUACCGGUGAGGUUCAUUUUGUCUUUUUGUGUAAUGGCCUGCAAAUCUGCCAUAGUCCAAUGUGCAAACCCAUGUGAAAUAAACAGUGUGUAUCUCUG